CCCCUGUAAGUGUAUAUUAUGGUGCUGUUCUCUGCAGCCAGCUGAUGAAAGCCGUGCCUCAGUCAGGAUACAAUGUCAGAGGGGCUCAAGGCAAAACACGGCUCCUCGCUCGCGCCGCAGACCUUCAUCCCGCUGAUGUGUCUUAGCUGGGUUUUAAUUUCUUCCAGAGCACAAGGAGAGAAUGUGGACUGUAAUUUGGGAUCGUCUAGGAAACAGACAGAAAAGGAAGACUGCGGACAUUAUGAAAUAAUAGUCCCUCAUCUUUUGAAUGGUGAACAGUGGAAGCCGAUAGGUACCAUCUUUCCCAAGGGUCAUGCAUCAGCACUGAAAUUCCUGCUGAGAUCUAAAGAGGGAGAACUGCUGCUGAAUGUGGAAAGAAAUGAGGGAUUGUUUGCUAGGAACUUCACUACAACCCACUACAUGGAAGAUGGGACUGCUGUGAUCACGGCGCACAACCACACGGAUCGCUGCUACUAUCACGGAGAGGUAGAGGGAUAUUCUGGCUCAUCUGUCAGUUUAAGCGUCUGCUCUGGUCUCAGGGGAUUAAUUACACUUGAAAACCAAGCAUAUGUCCUGGAGCCACAGGCUAAUUCUACAAGCAACCAUCUCUUCUACAAAGCCGAACAUCUCAAGCUGGCUCCUGGAUCCUGUAGCCAACAUUUUAACCUCUCAGGCGUUUCUCUAAAUGACACGUUGCCGUUCUCAGAAGAUUUUUUACAGCGGCACAAAAGAGACACCUCAAAGAUCACCAAGUAUGUGGAGCUCGUUAUUGUGGCUGAUAAUCGCGAGUUUCAGAGGCAGGGGAAAGAUGUGGAGAGAGUUAAACACAGGCUGCUGGAAAUGGCCAACUACGUGGAUAAGUUUUUCAGGCAACUAAAUAUCCGGGUAGCUCUGGUUGGUGUUGAAAUCUGGAGUGAUGAAGAUAAAUGCGCCAUAACCCAAGAUCCUUUUACCAGCCUUCAUGAGUUCCUGGACUGGAGAAAACUGACAUUACUACCUCAGAAGCCCCAUGACAAUGCACAGCUAGUAAGCGGGGUGCAUUUCCAGGGUACCACCAUUGGCAUGGCACCAAUCAUGAGUAUGUGCACAGCAGACAAAUCAGGUGGAGUAGUUAUGGACUAUUCGGAUAACCCACUCGGAGGGGCUGUAACGCUCGCUCAUGAGCUAGGACAUAAUUUUGGGAUGAACCAUGACACGAUGGAGAGAGGAUGCAACUGCAAAGGAUAUGACAAGGGAGGCUGCAUCAUGACCCCGUCCACUGCAUACCCAUUCCCAACAGUGUUCAGCAGCUGCAGCAAGAAAGACUUGGACACCAGCCUGGAAAAGGGAGUGGGCAUGUGUCUGUAUAACAUGCCUGAAGUCACAGAAUCAUUUGGAGAACAGAAGUGUGGAAAUGGAUAUGUGGAAGAAGGAGAACAGUGUGAUUGCGGAGAACCAGACGAAUGUACAAACCCUUGCUGCAAUGCCAGCACGUGCCUUCUCUCUCCGGGAGCCCUGUGCGCUCAUGGACUCUGCUGUGAAGACUGCAAGCUGAAACCCGGUGGGACUCCUUGCCGAGAUGCCAGUAACUUCUGUGAUCUACCGGAGUUCUGCACAGGAGCCAGCGCACACUGCCCGGCUAACGUCUAUCUACACGAUGGUCACCCUUGUUACACGCUGGAUGGAUACUGCUAUAGCGGCAUGUGUCAGACUCAUGAACAGCAAUGUAUCACACUGUGGGGUCAAGGUGCGAAGCCCGCCCCAGGUAUUUGCUUUGAGAGAGUGAACUCUGCAGGAGAUCCCUAUGGAAACUGCGGGAAAGACAAUGCUAGAUCUUUUAUGAAGUGUGAAAGCCGAGAUGCUAAGUGUGGAAAAAUACAGUGUCAAGGUGGCGCAAGUCGACCCGUAAUUGGCACCAAUGCUGUCUCCAUAGAAACCAACAUCCCCCUGCAAGAAGGCGGAAAAAUUUUGUGUCGCGGUACCCAUGUAUAUCUGGGGGAUGACAUGCCAGACCCAGGGCUAGUACUGGCUGGGACAAAGUGCGGACAUGGAAAAAUUUGUCUCAAUCGUCAGUGUCAGAACAUCAGCGUAUUUGGCGUCCACGACUGUGCAGCUCAAUGCCACGGAAACGGAGUUUGUAAUAAUAAGAAGAAUUGUCACUGUGAAGCUGAAUGGGCACCUCCAUAUUGUGACAGGCCAGGUUAUGGUGGUAGUGUGGACAGUGGACCUGUAAGAGUUUCAGAUCACAGAGGUUUAGUGAUUGGAGUGCUGGUGACGAUCUUCUGUAUAAUGGCUGCUGCCUUCAUCCUAUACCUCAAAAGAAGGACUGUAUUUAGAUGGAUUUUUGCAAAUAAGAAGACCACCAUAGAAAAAUUAAGGUCAGCGAGUCCAUCAAGAGCCGGCCGCUCAAAUGAAGUUAAUCAAGAAUAUAGCGCAAAGCUGUGCAAACAGUCCUCGCAGGUCCAGGAGAACGGAAAACUGCACAGACUACAUUGUUAUCCACCGGUGGACAUUAGUUAUCCAAUAGGAAUACUUGAAUCCCCUGAGAGCAAUGUCCACCAGAAACCACAAUGUCCACCUUAUCCCAUCCAGAAAAACGUGCCUGCUCGACCUCUUCCAGCAAAACCAUCUCUCCGAAACAUGCAGGGAUCGCACAUACCCAGCCCUCCGCAGAAGCCACUGCCGGCAGAUCCUUUGAAUAAGAAUACCCGGUCGGAUGGUGCCUCCAGCUCCAUGUAUGAUCAAGGAGCCGUGCCUCAGAUCACUCCUGUGAGACCCGCUCCGAAGGUCCCACCACAUCGACCCAUCUUUAAGCCGGCCCACCUGAAGUGAGGAGCCAAGGCCUUGUGUGAAGUUUGCACUACGCUCUGACACAAGUUGGAGUCUGUUUACUGAGUCAACUGAACUUUAUAAAAUUUCCUAAAACUGUAAAAGACGUAUCCUACAAAAGGACUGAGCUGUCGCCUUUGGUGCUAUGCUGUAUGUAGUUGCUCAGGUACUUGUAAAUUAUUAAUUUAUGUCGAAUAUUUAGUACAGUGCAGUGCAUUGCACUAGGUAUAUUUAACCAAAGAUGACUUUCCAAAGAAGGGAAAUAUUUUUCUAACGUCUAGUACACUUGAAAUAUUUUACCAUUUUCUAGUAUACUGUAUGGAAGGAGGUCUUCAUAUGUAGGCGUCAAUAAGCACGGUCAGAACUGGAGGUUUUGUUUGUAAAAUCUGCACUCUUUUUACCAUUUUUAAGCAUUUACAGUGAGCAUUUAGUCAAUAAAGCAUUUGGUAGAGACAAGUAUAUUGCUGUAUGUUACAAUGUAUCAACCGCUAUGUCAGUCUGUAUUUAAUAUGCUAUAAUUCCAGUGGUGGAGCGACACGUUUCACGAGCUGGUGAGGUGCUAUGGCAAUGAUUGUACCUGCAACGUCUGCGCUGACUGUAGGCAGAAGCUCCUUGCACUAUUGUCAAUACAUCCAGGAGGAAAUAUCAACUUUUGAAUACAAUUUAAUUUUUUCAAUCCAUAUAGGUUCAACAUUUUUUAUAUAUAUCUUUAUCCUGGUCGGUGCAGUGUUUUCCUGAUACAGAGCUCCAAAUCCCCUGCAUAGACAUAGAUCUGAUAGAUAACAUUCCCGGCUUCCAGUGGCCACCACUAGAGGGAGCACUUGAGUAUUCUGCAUACUAACUAUAUAUAAAACUAAAUAAAACAGCAUGCAAUAAGCUUCCUCUAGUGGCAGACAGCCGGAAGGUUGAAAUCAGACCUAUUUACAAAAGAAUUGCUUUCUGCAAACCCCCCCCCCAGCCUAGAAUAAACAAAGGGGGAAGCUUAACUUUAAGGGUGCCUGUACUCCUUGCAGCUAAUCCAUUAGGACCACACUUGGAUCACCACUAAUUUCCAUUCUUCAUCUGUACAUGAAGCUCAGUAGUUGUCAUCUAAAUGCAGAAACUGAAGAUCAGCUACAACAUCUGUGGGUGCCUGACACUUUGCGGAUUCCCAAACUGAAAAAUGGCAGCGUAAUACAGUAUCAGCAAAGUGCAUUCGUUUUUCAAAAUCUCAUGCACAAUUUAGCUUUUUUUCGCUCCAUGCAAUUUUGAAAAAUCAGCAGCUUGUCAACUCUUUGUGCUCAUUUCACCUUUUUCAACGCAAGGUUAAAAUGUGCUGCAAAACCACAUCAAAUCCGCGAGGAAUUUCUGCAAGACAGCCAGCACCUACCUGUGUGCAGGUAGCCUAAAGGAUGGUUACAUUGUUGCAAUAAAAUGCAUCUAAAAUAAAAUAAAAAAGUUGCUUUGAUCAAAAAUAUCUUAGCUCCGAUGUAUACCUAUAUGUCUCCAUGGUUACAGACUAUAGAUAAACCCUGUGUGCAGUCUCUCUGGAAGUAACACAUGACUAAAGAAUCAGACUACAAACAAAGGUUUAUUUGCAGUCUGUAAUUAGGACGACACAUAGCUCUGCAUUGGAGCUGCAUACACAUAAGGGUGCAAAGUUAUUUUAGAUGCACUGGAGCCAAUAAAAAAAAAGGCUGCAAAGGUAUACAUAGUCACAGCUAAUUGUUACUAUUCUUCAUUUGAGGAUUUAGAGAACUGAAACGAUGACACAAAAAAGGUGCUAAAUAAAAUUCUGGUGGAUUUGGUGAAGUUGACAUUAUGCCACCAAUAAGUCCACGUCACUAGCCUUCAUCUCUAUUACAACAGAGAUAAUGUUUACAGAGGAUAACCGACAAUGCAUCAGUGAAUGCACGCUGCGGUCUAUCCAAUCUCCUCACCACAAGGACUCAAAGUGACACGUAAGUGCCUGGAAGAUCUGAUAUCUGCUGCCUGGGAGUCAAAUCUCAUCAGCCCCAUUCACACUUAAGGCCUCCUGUGCGCUCCGUGGCCGUAUUGCAGACCGCAUUUGCGGAUCCGCAAUACACGGGCACCGUUCCGUCGGCAUUCCGCAUCACGGAUUGCGGACCCAUUC